AUGGCCAGCUAUCAGAACGGCCAGCCUUACUACUCCUCCAGUAACCACCCCUCGUCCGGUCAGAACAGCGGAAACGUUCCAUAUGGCUCGCAGCCUGUGCAUCCGGCACAGCCAUUUGCGAGUAGGACAAGUUUUGACGCCGGGGAUGAUGAACCAUUAUUUGGUGAUGAUCAGGCACAGGCGCGAGCUGUUCAAGGAUAUCAGUCGUAUGCUGGGACGGCCGGAGGGAGUCCAAACAUGAGCAGAACACAGUCCGCGAAUAUACAGUCUUCCGCGUCGAGUCCUUUCCGGACAAAUACGCAGCAUACCGUACUGGGUGGAUAUCAGCAUCAAUAUCAGCCUGGGGCGCCCUCCCACACUACCUACAACCCCGCCCAAUACCAGCAGCAUCAGACAAUAUACAGUCCUCAACAACAUGCUGGUUCGCCUGUUUCUCAAGCACCCAGUGCAUAUCAGCCCUACAUCCCGGCAGCAUACAGCGAUCCGAACCUCAACCGCCGCCCUUCCGUGUACAACAGCUAUGGAUACUAUGAUGCCAAUUCGCAACUGAACUAUUCGUCAUCUCAAGCCCCUCCGCCUCCUCUCCGUCCUGACCAGACCCCAUAUCCCCAGCAGCAAAUUUAUGGUGCCUACCAGCACGAUGCAGGUCAACAAUAUCCCGGCCGCCACCCCAGUUCCUCGUCUCUUGGUCGGAGUCAGUCAACAUAUUCUCCGCCAGCACCAGCUCCUCCACCACACGAUUCGUCCCUCACAGACCGCCGGCACUCAAGGUCGACCAGUAUUCAGGAGGAAAGGUUCUCAUAUGGUUCUGGAGCCUCUGUCUCAUACCAGAAUUCCACUUUGACAGCCUAUUCUUCACCGGAUAUCAACAGGAACUCCUCGUUCGCGAGCCGAAUAAGCAAUCAGUCUGCUUCACCGCAACCAUCCAUCCCUACUCCACCAAGUAGAAACCUUUCCAAUGCCUCUCCACAGCGAAUGAAUACCCUCAAUCGACAUCCGCAAGGAAGGUCACUUCCGGGCGUACCCUCGGAAUCCGAGUCCGACAAUGACUAUUUCGCUUCAGCUCAGUCUCAGAGCUCUACAGCCCGCGGUUCAGCAGCCUCGGGAUAUGAUGAUCUAAUGAACCAUUUGGAUGAGGCCAUAGGUGGUAGCACUAGACAUACCAGGUCUUCUAGCGAUCAGAGGUUUCGAAAUUCACGGGACGAAGGCGUCGGCGGCCAGGCCCAACAGACUUCCCCACGUCCUCUUCUCUCGCCAGAUGAGGCCCCAACGCAUCUCAACGGGAGUAUCGCCUCAACCGGAGACACUUAUAUCAAUUAUGGCGCAUUCACCGAUGACAGUGAUGCAGAAGCGGCAGCUGGUCUGGCCGCUAUGCAAGCUCUGGACGAGCAGGAGAGGGCCGAGGACGAGCGCAGGCGCAGCGGUUCGGCUACACUGUUUCCCACACAGCCUCAUGAGGAAGAAGCUGGCCCUCGACUGUCGUCCAAUGAACAAAGCAGUGACAGCGACUACACUGGUUAUGAUCUCAGUUCUGCCGGAGGUGGUUAUGCCCCUGAUUUGACCUAUGGUGGAGCUCAAAUGUCAAACUAUGCUGCUGCAGCUUCUAUGCCUCAAGCAGAACUAUAUGGUCGACUCAACAAUCGGAUGAGUUCAGUACGGAGCUCUGGUGUUUCUUCCGAGGGAAGAGAAUCCCAAGCAAGCGGUUUCGAGUCAAUUCCACCCGUCGAGAGCCUGGGGCCAUUCUCUGUCGUCCCGAGUGUUGCUCGCGUGGAUACAGGUGGAACAGGCGGCCUCACCGAACCAAGCCCACAUCCUAGACGGUUGAGCUAUGAAGAUGGUGAUGAAGGGGUCUUCGUAGACUCGGACACUGGCCAUGCUUCAGGCGAGACGAGCCCUUCUCGGGACUCCAUCCCGGACCUCUUCUUCCAUCCAGGUAUGAGCCAAAACCGACCGCUCCCGCCGCCUCCUUCACAUUCCGAUCCUGGCGCGAGAGUACCGCAUUUAGUGCCUGCCGGCACAUAUACGCAACAAAGCCGCUUUUCGCAGUACAUUGAUACUACUGUAAAGCCAUAUCCAGCAGCUCCGGAUGCUUAUUCAAAUGCUCUGCUCAGCCCUACCACAGUUCCUCGAUCGACAUCAUUGUCAAGCAUUAGAAGUGCUCCCAGAGUGGAAUAUCCGAUGCGCUCGAAGACGGACGCAGAUCGACAGAAACUUUUGCGGCAACAAGGACGUCCAGCAUCGGAUCUCUAUGAUAUUGCUAGCCCACAAUCUGCGGUUGCACUGGACCUUCCAGCCAUACCUAAGAAAAGGUACAAUGCUGCCAAAUUGACUGCUGACCAGUUCAAGAAAUGCACCGAGCCUUGGGCACUGAGCUCUCUCCUGGCCUGGAUCAGGGACUUGGCCGAAGAAGAAGUUGACUUGAAAGAACACAACAUCGCAGAGGGCAUCGUUGCACUUUUCAUGAAUAAAGUACCAACAAUGUACAACACCGAAGCCGAGGCCCUCGGGGAUAGGGUCGUGAAGGAAAUGCUAGCAACAGAAGCUUUAGUCAGAGAGGAGGAAUGGGUCAAGUUCGGGUCUGGUACGCUGUCAGGCGUCCUGUAUCAAUUAACAGGCUCCGGUUGUUACUCCUCGAAAUUGCACCUGAACCCGAGUCGAGGACGCUGCUAUUCGUAUCACUGUAUGCGAACCCUGAAAAAGGUGGACCUCGAUACUCUGCCCGAUGAGAAGAAGACCGAGGACUGGGCCACAUUUUACAAACUCAAAAAGGAAGACAUUGAAAACCACGACAAGAAGGAAAUCGAGCGACAAAACGUCCUACACGAAAUAGUUACUAGCGAGGACCUCUAUAUCAGUCAAUUGGACGUCCUCAGAGUCCUCUACCGCGACAGACUAACAGCCGCACAGCCACCUAUUAUCCCUGCAAAGAAGCUGCCAGGUUUCUUGAAGGAGGUUUUCGGUGGUGUUGACAGGGUGAAGAAAGUCAAUCAAGAUUAUCUGCUGGGACAGCUCAAAUAUAGGCAGACUGAGCAAGGACCUUGGAUAGCGGGCUUCAGCGACAUCUUCCGUGAAUGGAUCAGAAAAGCCAGGCCUGUUUACGUUGAAUACGCAUCGAACUUCCCUCGUGCCGACUACCUCAUGCGAAGAGAAGCGGAAAGGAACCUUCACUUCAAGACCUUCCUUGACCAAGCCCGAGAGGAUAAGCGUUCCAACCGUUUAGGCUGGGACAAUUUUCUCAAGGCUCCCAUUACACGAUUGCAACGCUACAGCCUCCUGUUAUCGACGGUCCAGAAAAAUAUGCUGAAAGACUCUGAAGAGAAAAAUAACCUUGCUUUCGCAUUGGACGAAAUCCGCGCGGCCACCUUUGAAUGUGAUUCCAAAUUUGCCGAAAUGACCAAGAAAAUGGAAUUGAUCGAGAUGCAAAGCAAACUCAGACUUCGAGCGCCCAUGGAGAAGGAAGUGGAGCUCAAUCUUGACCAUCUGGGCCGCGAAAUCAUCUUUCGUGGCGACCUCCAGCGUGCUGGCGGCAAAGGGUUCCAAUGGGUCGAUACGCAUGCGAUACUAUUUGACCAUUACCUCGUUCUGGCGAAACCUCUCAGCCGGGAUCGCGCCAAAGAAGGAUACUACGAUGUAUCCAAGGUGCCUAUACCGAUGGAUCUACUUGUCCUCGAAAGUGCCACGGACCAGGCUGUCGUGAAAUCAUCCGUCAAAGGCAUUGGCGCCGUGACGACAACUGUCGUGCCUCGAGGGCAGAUAGCUGCCGACAAUCGACUUGCUAGAGCAGAGUCUAGAGCCAGUGGUGUGCCAGGCACGCUGAGCCACACAAAUACCAGUUUGUCGAUUGGAUCGGGAAGCAACAGUCAAUCGAUGGUGCCGAUUACAUCACUAGAGUCUGGGAGCUCGAAAGAAGAAAAGAUUAUGUACCCUUUCCGAAUCAAGCAUCUCGGCAAGACUGAGACCUACACUUUGUAUGCUCCCAGUGCUCAGAACCGACAAGACUGGUGUGAAGCGAUCCUUCAAGCCAAAACGAGGCAUGCCGAAGCCCUAUUCUCCCAGAACGCUGAACCGUUCAAGCUCCGAGUCUUAGCGGACACUGCUUUUGGCUAUGAGGGUAUCUCUUAUCCAGCGAGACAGAUCGUAAUCCGAGGAACUCCAUUAGACAGGGCCAUCCAAGAGUCGGACAAGAUAUUUGAGGGACAGGGGAGGCCAGCUCCAGUCUGCAGAGCCCCUGUGAACUGCGCAACAGUAUUCAACCAACCCUAUGGCAGACUCAUGUGCGCCGUCGGCACGGACUACGGCGUGUACAUCUCUGAGUAUCAGAAUUCACGGGGUUGGAUUAGGGCCAUUCAAAUGCAGCGCGUAACUCAAAUUGCCGUCCUCGAAGAGUUCAACUUAUUCCUUCUCAUCUCAGACAAGGCCUUGAUCGCCUAUCAUCUUGAUGUGGUUUGCCCACCCGCUGGAACGCCCGUCCCGCAGAAUGAUGCCUCGGGUCGCAAAGCACCUCAGAAGCUGUCUGGGUCCAAGGACGUGGGCUUCUUCGUGUCUGGCAAAAUGAAGGAGAGGACGCUGGUCUUCUACAAGAAGCGUGACGGUAUCGCCUCGACUUUCAAAGUGCUGGAGCCUGUCCUCCAAAAAAGCACAACGAGUCGAUCACGAUUCUUACCUUCCACCUCACGUCGUGGUCAAACUGAGUUCUUUAGAGAGUACGAUGAGUUCUAUAUUCCAGCAGAGUGCUACAGUCUCAAUCUGUAUCAGUCAAGCCUUGCCAUUUCAACCGCAAGAGGGGUUGAAGUGCUGACACUAGAGAAGAAGCAAACAUGGAGCGUGCCUAACCUGAGGAGUGAACAGCCCGACACCCAAGCACAUCUCAGCUCGAUUGCCAGUCGAAUCAAAGACCUGAAGCCGCUGGGUAUGUUCCGGCUAGGAGAAGCGGAGUUUUUGGUCACUUUUGAGGAGUGUGCUGUCUAUGUCAACAAACAUGGAGACAUUUCCCGUGGAGUGGUGAUGGAAUUUGUGGGCCGCGCGAGAGCGGCCUGUCUAUACGCGCAAUACUUAAUACUGGUCGAUGAGGACUUUGUGGAGAUUCGAGAUGCGCAGAAUGGCAGACUCAAACAAGUCAUCGUUGGGAAGGACAUCAAGCUACUUGACGAUGGAGGUGGUGGCGCCGGCGGACCCGGCGCCCAAACGCAGGCUGCUUUAGGAGGUGGAAUCAAUGGACUGGGUCUCAAGAACUUCGCCACUGCACCGCGUACGCCAAAGGUGGUGUUGCAACAUCCGGAGUACGAGAAGAGCCAUAUUAUUGUCGAGUUAUUGUUGACGGCAGAUGUGGAGUAG